GCCGAAGCGUCAGCAGCAGCACCGGCGUCAGAAGCGGCAAUGGACUGUGCUGCAGCCAUGCAGCCUUCCACUGAGGCACUCUCCUAUCGGAUCGGAGGCAUGCUGGGCAUCCUCGUCAGUAGCAUCAUCGGUUUCUCCCUGCCAUUCCUGCUACGCGGGCGUCAUAAGACGCUGCUUUUCUUCUUCCGCGCCUCUGCUGCUGGCAUUGUCUUGGCUGUAGCCAUCGUGCACAUCUUCCCUGGCGCACAGGAGGCGCUGUCAAACCCAUGCCUGGACAUCUCCUCCUCGUCCUUCCCCUGGGCGCCGGUCUUCAUCCUCUUCUCAGCGCUCUGCUCCUUCCUCGUAGAGUGCUACCUCAGGAAGCUCCUCCUCCUCUCCUGGCGCCGCAGACACCCCUCCGCUGCUGCUGCUGCAUCUGCCGCUGGUUCUGUUGGCUCUAUCGGUUCUGCUGGUGGGAGCAGCAGGAGUGGCGGUAAG